CUUCAACUCUAAACUCGAUUUAUAAAAUUUUUUAGUAUAAAAGUUGGCAUAAAUUUGUUAACUAAUUCAGAAUCAAAACAAAUAGCGUUCAUUGAACAACAGUUUGAGUUCAAAUUUAAUAGUUUAUUUUCAAUUUCCAACUUCUUUUCCUUUAAAUCCUUUCAACAACAUGAAGUUCGUAAUUGCCGUAGUCAUGUUGGCCCUUGCUGCCGGUGUUCAAUCAUCUUUGAUUGGUGCUCAUGCUCCUGGUGUAUCGUAUGUCACUUCUGCCGUACAUCCAGCUGGUCCAUGGGGAGGACCUUUGGGAUGGGGUGGUCAUGCUGCUGUUGAUCACAGUGCCUGGGGUGGUCCAUUGGUAGCUCCCUUAGGCGGUCAUGGUCUUUGGGGUGGUCAUGGUCUCUGGGCAGGUAUUCCCGGUAUCUCUCUAGCUCAAGGACCUGCUCUUGGUCAUGCUGGUCUUGGCCUCGGUCAUGCUGGUCUUGGUCUCGCCCAUGGUGCUCAUGGUCCUGGUGUAUAUGUAGCUAAGACUCGUGGUGCUGUGCACACAGCUCCUUUGGCUGGUCAUAUUGCCUCUGCCACUUCAUUGAAUGUGGCUCCCGCUCCUGGUACGCAUUAAGUCAACAUACCCAACACGUUCAUAGGCACUACAGCUAUCGUUUAAUAAUCCAACAAUCUGAUGACACCAAGAUGCCAAACUAGUUAUAAGUUAAUUAAAAAUUUGUUACACUCUCCUCAAAAACCUGCUGUCUUCCACUUAGUAUAACUUUCGCUUUACUAAUGUCUUUGUCCCCUUUCCACUUCUCUUUCAAUUCCUCCUAGUUCUUUUCAGCUUUUUGAGUUCUUCUUUCUAGCAGCUAUUCCUGAAACUAGCACACACUAUCAACAUCAGCCACAUCACCACCGCCUGCAAAUAUUUUCCAUCCUUUUUAAACACCUAUAAGGAUCUCAAUGAAAACAUCUUUUUGGCAAUUGAAUUUUUGAUUUUUUAGUCCUGUUAACCACCAAGUCCAACAACAAUCAAGAAGAAGCUAUCACUGGCACAUUUUCAACAAUAUCUACCAACUAUUCUAUUCUAUCUAUUCUGAACACUUUGUUCUCUUUCUGUAACUGUUCUAUGUACUAUCUCUCUAACCAACUACAACUUUCUCUCUGUUUAUUUCUAUCUAUUUUACUCAUUAACUGUAAAUAUUGUAUAGUAUUGCAACAACAUAAAUCUCGAAAAAAAAUCGAACAAAAAAAUGUUUAAACUAUCUUUGAUCUAUAAGAAAAACUUUGUUACUGUUUAAUAUUGUUUCCGUUUUUCUUAACUUUUUUUAGUGAUUUUAUGUACAAAAUAAAAUAAAAUUACAAAAAAAAAA